CAAACAUCAAUCAAAAUACCGGGUUUUAUCCAAGAGGAGUCAUCCUGGUAAUAUUGAUCUUCCUAUGAGUGGUACUGAAUCUUUUAUUAAGGUUUUUUUGGCUUCUGGUAAUAAUUGGACUUUUAAGUAUGUUCCUAUUGUGGCCGAUAAAAAUGCGUUCUUAUCAAAAGUGAAAGAAGCUUUCGGAGUAACCAGCAAUGACGCCGAUCUACUGGUUUUGUCUCAUAGGACCCACUCAAAAAUUAACUGAACUUCAACUGCAAAGGUUAUCAGUUAGAUGUCACUUCGCUGUCGCUAGAUCAGGAUACAAUGGACAGACCGUUGGCUCAAACUUUAACCUAAUAGCACGAAAACUAAAAGCCAGUUCGAGUUCUUAUAACCUCACUCGCUAUUGUCGAUUGAAUAGUUUAAUGAUUAAGUCCAAUGGUUAAUCUAGAUCACGACGAAACUAGUGGCCACAAAUUUGAUAGAAAGAACAAAUCAGUCAACAAAAUACAUUACAAGGCUCUGUUGAAGCAACUUUAUCUCCAUCGCCAUCUAGCGCGGGUAACCUUUACAACUAGCCCAGGUCAUCGCCCCUUGUAAACCAUAAUAUGAAGCUGCCAUCGGAGUUUAGUUGUGAUAAAUGUUUGAAAACAGUUUCCAUCCAAACAUUGUUCAAGUGCAAAUCAUCUGUAAUUUCAGACCAACCAUGAGAAGUUUAUCAUCAUUCAUUAUUUUGUGUUUCGUCUCAACUAUCAAUGGAAAUCCUUAUGGUGAGAAAGUUUGGUCCCAAAACCAAACUUUUAGUGUUUUUAUCAUGAGACCUUUUGUAGUUAAUGCUGAAAUUAGAUUUAUGGUUGAAGUUGCAGAGUCCUAUAGAUCAAGAGCUACAUCAUAUGAAUAUCGGUUCAAAUUUGACCAAUUUCCACAGCUUGAUAAAACCAUCGUAUCACAUGAGUCAAUGACAACAUACGCAGUAAAAUUUGCAUCAACCUGUGAAUCGAAAGGUGGCAACUAUACAGUACAAGUUGACGUAUGGAAAUUACAACUCGGGGUCCAAACUCAUUCGAUAGGAACUAUUCUUUAUACCAUGGAGGUUACAGCCUGUGACUGGAUUUAUAUUGAACACGAUGGGCCUGUUACACUUGACUUACCAAUCACUUUCACAGUUAAUAAUCGAUAUACAACAGAUGAUCCAUCAUAUGAAUAUCGGUUUAAAUUUGACCAAUUUCCUCAACAUGAUAAAACCAUUGUUUCAACUUCACAAGCUGUAUACUCAGUGACAUUUGAUUCGUCUUCAACACCGAAAGCUGGUACCUACACAGUAAAGGUUGAUGUAUGGCAUUGUCGUCACGAUGUCCCUUCGUAUUUGUUAGGAACUGUUCAUCGUACUUUCGAGCUUUCAGAUUCACUCAUUGGAAUCAUAGAUAAAAACCAAUCAGUUAACUCUGAUAGUUUGAGAAAAAAUAUUGUGACCACUGCAAGGCCGGUUGUGCUGACUGCCUAUAUUUUUGAUUCUACUGAGUAUUUUACCGGACGAUAUGUUGUCCCACCAGCCAAUAUAACAUACAAAUGGAUUAUCAAUGAUGAACAACAAGAAGAAAGCGAUAGUGUUAUUGAACAUACUUUUUCCCAGCCUCAACUGAACAACAUUUCAGUGAUUGUCACAGCAACUAAAACCAAUGGAAGUCGUCUUAUACAAAAAUCUGGUACAUUCAACCUUACAUUGGAAAGCAAAGAUCCAAUUACUGAUUUGACUGUUGAUGGUCCCACCGAGGUUAAAGUGUUUGAAAAACUUCAACUAGACUUCAAAAUUCAUGGAGGAACGCCUCCAUUUCAUUAUCGUUAUCGUUUGUCGAUGGAAGAACCUUAUAUCGAAAAUGAAAGUGUUGAAAAAGACACAAAUGAUAGCUUCUUCUCAAUAUCUAAUUAUUUCAGCGAAAAAGGAACAAGAAGUUUAUAUCUUUUUCUUGAAAAUGAUGUAUCGAUAAUUCGUCAAAUAUUCAACAUUUCAGUGUAUUAAAGUAAUUUCUCGCCAAUUCUAUUAUGUUAUCUAAACUGUAUUUGGUUGAAAAACUUGACAAUUGAUUAAUUGGUAAUAUCAGAGCGUAUUAAUUGGGUCAGUUUAAAAUAGUGAAUUUGAAAAAAUUGUCGAUAUCUAUCGCAAAUUUUGAAAACAGGGUCAGAGGGCACGACUUCCCGGAUGACCUAAUAUGAAAUCCUAAGUACAUAACGGCAAC